CUGCAACAAGCAGCAACAAGUAACGUAACCUAGCGUUUUAUUUCCGUUUCCUGUUAUAUUUUGUCUGGGUUUAUGUAGGCGAAGCUAACGUCGGAAAUCAUGCCUGCACCAGUGGUUGCCAAGAAGCCAAAGAAGCAGCAGCAUAUAAGGGCUAAGGGUCAAAAGAAGAAGAAAAUAUCCCUAAAAUUUACAGUCGACUGCACACAUCCUGUAGAGGACAACAUAAUGGACGUUGCCAGCUUUGAGAAGUACCUGCAGGAGCGCAUAAAGGUGAAUGGGAAGACAAAUAAUUUUGGCAAUGUGGUCAGCCUGGAGCGCAACAAGAUGAAGCUGUCUGUUAAUUCUGACAUUCCUUUCUCUAAACGGUAUCUGAAGUAUCUCACUAAGAAAUAUUUAAAGAAGAACAACCUGCGUGACUGGUUGCGGGUCGUUGCGAGUGGGAAGGACACUUAUGAGCUCCGAUACUUCCAGAUCAACAGUCAGGAGGAUGAAGAAGAAGAAGACAAUGAUUAGUUACAGUCGUUAAAUCUGCAAGCACAGCGAAUCCUGUAAAUGCUGCUUAAAUAUUGUUCAAUAAAUAAUUUUUCCACGUGA